AUGAGCGGGGGACUCGCACCGUCGAAGAGCACAGUGUAUGUGUCAAAUCUUCCUUUCUCUCUCACCAACAAUGACAUUCACAAGAUAUUCGAAAAACACGGGAAAAUUGCCAAAGUGACUGUGGCAAGAGACUCGGAGCGCAGAAGCAAAGGCAUCGCUUUUAUUUUGUACAUAAAAAAAGAAGACGCUGAAAACUGUGUCGCAGAGGAAAAUGGUCGAGAACUCUUGGGCCGGACUAUUAAGUGCAGCAUUGCCAAGGACAACGGGCGAGCUCGCGAGUUCAUCAAGCGCAAGGAGUACACCGAUAAGAGCACAUGUUACGAGUGCAAGGAAGUUGGACAUUUGAGCUAUGCUUGUCCUAAAAACGCUCUGGGAAGUCGGGAACCACCUAAGAAGAAGGCCAAGAAGAAAAAGAAAAUAGACGGAGAGUUGUUGAAUGAUGAGGACAAUGAGCAGGAUUUGCAUUUAUCGACUAUGGAAACGCCUUGA